GCUCUAAACAUAGUGGUCUCCCUUGACAAAAUAAUCUCGAAGAUGGCACGCGAACAAAAAAUCAUUGAUACGCACGUUUAUAUCAGAGAAAUCGUUCUGGUUGUCACUGUUGUCUGAAAAAUAUAGGAACUGUUUCGAUGCCACUUUACUUUUUAAAUCUUCACCGAGUGGAUCGUGGGCAAAGGAUGCUGUAGUGAAACAAGACUGUAAUCAAGAAGAAAAUUUACCUUCCUUACUCUCUGAAAAACUGAUACUAUGGAGACCUAUUUGAUGAUGUUAUAUGUGACAUUGGAUCAGGAAUCAGCCCUGAAAACCUUCUUUGCAGACCAAGGUUGGACCUUCUGUAAACCAGAUUUAUCAGUGACAACUGACAAACUUGGUCCUGCUAUAGGUAAUGCACCACAAUUGAGAAAAGACUCUGAAGUCACACCUGGAAUAACUGGAAAGAGAAAAGCCAGCUCUUCUCCCAGAAAGGCUCCAAAGAUAAAACUAGUAAAAAUUGUUUCUAACAGUACAGAUGUAGACAAAAAAUCUGAAACAGUGUCAGAGAGAAACAAGAAAAUUGAAGAGAAAGACUCAAGUGCAAAAUGUGUUAUAGACGAUACAGGUCUGUUUGAUGAUGAGACUUGUGACGAUGAAGAGAUUACUGACAUGAUUGUUAAGAUGAAAGAGAGGAAAAGAAACGCUAGAGAUGUUGAAGCUGUUGAUGAAAUUCAUGAAGCAGCUGACAGUGAUAUUGAAGAUGUUGGUGAUGAGGAAAAUGAUGACACUGAUGAUAGUAUUGAAGGAUUAAAUGAUGAAGAGGCUGAAGAAAAGUUAGAUGGAACAAAUGAGGAUGUAAAAUCAGAGAUCAAAGGAAGAAACAUUGGGAAAGCUAUAACUAAGAAGGGUUCUUCUAAAAAAUCUGAUGAAGAAAAAGACUCAGAUGACAACAAGGCUAUUGACAGUCAGGAAGAUGUUAUCAAGAAGUUACUUUCUCAGAGCCGGCAACCAGAUGGCGGAUUCAAAUGCUGCAUCUGCAGCAAGGAAAUAAAGGUCAAGUACAAUAUGAAAAGACAUCUUCGGACACAUUUGCCGGACCAGAUAAACUGCAGCUUGUGUAACAGGUUUUUUGAAAGUUUCACAGAAAGAGAGGAGCAUAUGAGAAACAGGCAUUCCAGCCGCCACAUAUGUGAAACGUGUGGAGUAUCGUUUAAACGCAAGAGUGAUUUAAAUGCACAUAUGAUUAAGCAUGAAAGUGUCUUUGAUCAGGAAACAUCACCAAAUUGUUUUAAAUGUACAUAUAAAGAUUGUGGAAAAAUAUUUUUCCGUCAGACAAAUUUUGAGUAUCAUUUGAAUGUUCAUAAUGGAGUCAGACCAUAUGAAUGCAUCGGGUGUCUAAGAUCGUUCCACUCUAAGUACACAAAGAACGAACAUGAAAAAGAUUGUGUGAAUGACGUAGAGUAUAAAUGUGAUAUUUGUGGCAGUGUGUUUAAACAAAGGUCUGGUCUUCAUAAUCAUAAGCAAGCGGAGCACGUGAGACAAGAAAAAGGAUAUCCGUGUGAAAUUUGCUCUCAGAUGUUUAAAUUUUCGUCUGGACUGAUUCGCCAUAAGAAAGAGAAGCAUCAGCUUUUAGAUGCUUCCCAACAAACAGACACAACUGAAGUUCGUACUGCUGUUAAAGUUGAAUCUGAAGUUGGAUCAGAUGAUGAAAGAGAACUCGUUACUCCAACCGGUAAUACAGCUUAUAUUGUAGUAGCAGACAUUGAACCAGAGAAUAAAGCAGGAGGAAGUGCUUCAGUUACAGGUACAGUUGCAGUGGAAACAAGUGUUGAAGAAAUUCCAGAGACAAGCCAUGCAGAGAUCAUGGCAACCAUGUCGGAACAGGUGCUAGAAGGUGGUGGGGAGAUAAAUAUAGAAAGAGUAAUAGUUGUUCAUCAGGUGGCUAGUGAUAUGCCACAGCAUUUGGAAGACUUGAACAGUUGAGACUGCUUGUACAUUUAAUCAUUUGUAAAAAAUAAUUUGCAUAUACCUUACAGUUAUCAUUAAAUUUUAAUAUGUUUUGAACAAAGGUCUAAUGUUGAAUAUUCUUGCAAAGAAUGUUAAUGGAAAAUUGUAUCUUGUAAUGACUUUUAUCCAAAAAAGCAACUUUUAUUUUAUGUAUGGUUUCCAUCUGAUUUUACUUGACAUUUUAAAGACACAAUCUGAAAACAAUAAAUUCAUUCACUAACUCA